CUCACCCACCUCAGUCAUUCGUUGAUCCAGGAGUCCAUGCAAUUGGCUUCACUCUCGCACUCAGCACUUCAGGUCAUUUGAGUUGCGGUCAUUAUAGUAAUAUCUAACCUCAGUCACUCUUUACUGGCACAUUACUCUCCCUCUUUUCCAAAAUGAAGAAGGCUACCUCGAUUUCUCUCUUCGUGGCCUCCGUCACCGCCCACUACGGCUACGGUGCUCCCUCCACCUCAUCCAAGCUGGGAUACACGACCAUUUACCCUGGGCACGGCGAACAACCGGUCACUGUUACUGCCCAGUAUCAGCCAGUUCCGACCUACGUCAAUGGAAGAUGGUCCAGCUACGAGGCCAUUUCGACCGUAAUCACUGAUAUCUGGGGCAACAAAAUCACCGUCACCAAGGCCGACCAGGACCUGACCGUGUACCACACGAAGAAGACCCUCACCCACACCGUCACCGUCACAAACGGCGCUGGAGGUUAUGCUAAGCCAACCGGUUACUAUGGAUUGAACUCCACCAGCACCAACUCCACCUCCACCAAAACAUGGUAUGAGCUUUACGAGGAGAUCCGCGAGGUCCCGUACAACCAUGUGGGCCCGCACGCCAUCCCUGGGUAUUCGGGCAACCCCAGGUGCGAGGACAAAAACGACGAGCAGUCGGUCACGAUCAAGCAGUACAGUGGCGGACAGUGGAAGACAUAUGCGCAUACCUUCACGUACAGCGCGCCCAAGCCAUCGGUGACCAGCUACGACGCCCCUGGCACCUACACCAUCCCAGCCAACGACAUCACUGUCCAGUACCCCACCACUGUUGCCGUGGAGCACACCUACCCCGCCGAGGCAAACAAACCCGUCACAUACGGCGGCCAAACCACGGAUGUGACCAAGCCAACCACCAUCACCGCCGCGUAUGCCGCCUACGAGACCCAAGGCACCGUGACGAAGACCGUCGUCCAUACCAAGACCAUCACCUGCAAUAAGCCCGGGAAGUACACCAUCCACAAGCCCACAACGACCGUCUACGCACACGACACCACAAUCACCUACCCUUCCGUCACCGAGUACCCUGCAGGCGUCUACCACCACCCGGCCGAGACCGUCACCAUCACCAAGGCUCACCAGCCAUACACGUGCAAGUUUGAGCAGACAUCGACCUACCCGGUUCCAUCCUCUGUCCCCAGCCCAACCGGCCAGCCUGGUGACUAUGAGCACCCCGAGUAUCCCGCGUACACUCCCACUCCUACCGAGCCUGAGCACCCUGACCCGUCUUCGGACCACGAGGAGCCGGCCGAGGACUACGGGCACGCAAAUGUCGGAUACGUUAAGCGGGGCGGUGUCCUGCAGCGGCUGAAGGCGGAGAGUGCACCAGUCAAGGCUCGCGGUGCUGCGAGACGCGUCAUUCUCGUUUAAGCGGUCUUCUUGUAGUAUACAGAGUGACUGUCCCACGGGUUAUGGAUUCAUGCGCGUGGAGUGAAGAAGGAACGUUCGAUAUUUCAGCCAUUAGAUGCAUCUCCUUCCUGGCCUGCAUAUCUGUAAUACGCGAUGACGGUUCUGUAUGCGCGAUGCUUGGUGCAACAAGGUGUGGAGGUA